CGAGCCCCGCCGCGGCCCCGCCCCUGCGCGCGCGCGGCCGGCGAUGGGCGCCGCGGGCCCCGCGUGCGCGGCGCGCGAGCCGCUGUCGCGGGAGCCGGCGCUGCGCUCCGUGCUGCGGCACGUGCGGCUGGAGAACCUGGCGGCGGGAAUGAGCGGCGGCGUCCUGUCCACCCUGGCGCUGCACCCGCUGGACCUCGUCAAGAUCCGCUUCGCAGUGAGCGAUGGGUUGGAGCUGAGGCCAAAGUACAAUGGAAUUCUUCACUGUAUGAGCACAGUGUGGAAGCAUGAAGGGCUUCGAGGCUUGUACCAAGGGGUGACUCCAAACAUGGUGGGAGCAGGGGCCUCCUGGGGACUUUACUUCUUCUUUUACAAUGCCAUCAAAGCUUACAAGAAGGAAGGGAAGAUGGAAAGUCUCAGUGCGAGCGAACACCUAGUGUCAGCUGCAGAGGCUGGAGCCAUGACCCUCUGCAUUACAAACCCAAUAUGGGUAACCAAGACUCGACUUGUGCUACAAUACAACGCUGGCGUGGAUCCAUCCAAGCGGCAGUACAGAGGAAUGUUUGAUGCUCUCAUAAAGAUAUACAAGACAGAGGGCAUACGUGGCUUAUAUAAGGGAUUUGUGCCUGGUCUGUUUGGAACAUCACAUGGAGCCCUUCAGUUCAUGGCCUAUGAGGAUUUGAAAGAGAGAUACAACAAGUAUAGAAACAGAGUAUCAGAUACAAAAUUGAACACUGUGGAAUACAUAAUGAUGGCAGCUGUAUCCAAAAUAUUUGCUGUGGUAGCAACAUAUCCCUAUCAAGUUGUACGAGCUCGUCUUCAAGACCAGCAUAACACAUAUUCUGGGGUGUUUGAUGUGAUCCGCAGGACGUGGAGGAAAGAAGGUGUACAUGGAUUUUACAAAGGAAUUAUACCUAAUGUAAUCAGAGUGACUCCUGCCUGCUGUAUUACCUUUGUAGUUUAUGAAAAUGUGUCUGGCUUUUUACUUGGUUUUAGGAAAGAAAACAAUUGAAGGUAUGAACUUGUGUUCCUAGGAAGGAAUCUAUCCUUUAUUUUUUAUAUUUAUGAUCUGGGAGAAAUUUAGUUCAGCAGUCUUCUUUGACACUGUGAAUUGAUCUGGUAUUUUGAGGAAAGAAUGUAGAGACAAUAAACCCUGCCAACAUCUCUCCUGUUGAACGUUCCUGCAUUGCUGCCUUCCUCUCUGAAUCAGCUGUGUCUGCUUGAAGCAGAUGUCUGCAACUGUGAAAUAAGAGUGCUGUGACUGGGUGAAGGCAGCUGCACAGCAAUCCCAUUCAUCCUGGCCUGCCUGGAAUAACCCACUAAGCAGUUUCAACAAGUCUCAAGAUAACAGUUGGUGAGAUUCUGCUCCUGCACAAGUGGAAAAGUUCAUAUGAAAGCAACCCUGGGGCCUGUCAAAGCGUUCUUAAAUCUCUGAGUCUCAUUAAAAUGAGGAAUGUCAUCUGAAUCCACCUCUGUGUUAUUCAUCAGAUUUUGGGAUAUGGAAUGCUCCAGACUCCAUUGUUCAUCCAACACAGAAGCGCUGCCUCAGCUGGGUGCAGUUUGGAAACUGAAAUUGUUUUUUUAAAACAGCUGUCCAUUCUUGGGUUUGAAUAAUUGCAAGUCUGAUGAAGCUCAGUUCUUGUCUCAUACCAGGACAGACUUGCACUGUGUUUUUUGACUUGGUUUUAGCAGCAGACCGAUGUGCUGAAAGUGCAUGCAUUGCUUAAUUCAUUUUCUCUCUUUCAUGCUCUCUCCAUCUCUCUCUCUGUGCCAGAGUCUGUCUCCAUUAAUGAUGCAGCUGACCAAAUAUUACUAACAAAAUGCAUAUUUGAAAGUGAGCUUACAUUUUAAAGAUGAGAAUUUUUUUCCAAAAAUCCCAUAGUGAUGCAGUGUUCAAGCCAGUGUAUUAAAUAGGAUCACAUUUACUUUCAAUAGUAUUCUCUGGAAAAAAAAUGUUUCUAGUCUAAAAAAAUCCUAUGCACAGGACUUUCUUAAAAAAAAAAAACAGAACAAUCUGUUAAUGUGUUUGGAUUUGGUUUAAGGAAAAGAUUGUUAAUAUAUUGAUUGCUAAUUUACUGAUAAAUUAAAUUCCCUUCUCAGUAAAUUUGUAUAGUAGUUAUGGGGAUUUUCCACACCAAUAAUUUCCAUCAAGGAUAUGUACUUUUUAGAGUUCGGGGUUUGGUGGUUUUGGGUUUUUUAUGUCUUUAAGAAAAAACAUUACUGACCCUAAUAUCUGCCUCCUGCUGUUGGUAAGAAGAUAUUAAGUAUCUAGUAAAUAUCAUUUAACCAGGAAAUGAGCUAGCAAAGGCUAUCCAACAGUUAGGGGGAAAUCAUCAGUUUCGUGGGGAGUAAAGUAAUCACUUAGAGAAGUUUCCUGUUUACCAGACUAAACGAAAGCAGCAAGAGCAAUUUUUAAUAAAAAUUUUACAGAUUAGGGACUUGGUUUAAAUUUUAAGUUAAAAUCUGGAAAGCUACAGAAACUACUCAGUAUAUUGAAUCUUCAUUCAGCGAUCCUUUUGGUUGGUUUUGUAGAUACUGUUGCCACAUACCACAUUUUUUUGUAUAACUAAAUUUAUUCAUAAUUUAAACUUUAAACUUUCUCUUCCACAAUCCCAUCCCCUCUACUGAUAGAGUUGAUAAUCUCAUUGGAAGGAAUCUCAUCUGGGGCCAGCAAGGCUGGCUUGGUUUUUAUUACAGAAGGCUCAGUGUGUAUUUAGCUGAAGAUAAAUUUACUGGAACUUUACCAUGUAAAUUAUGUAGAUCCAAAACAGCAGCUUCUGCCUUUGGAGGGUGCACAUUGUGUGUUUUGUGGUACACAGAAUGAAUUCAGUGGAACACUGAAUUAACUCUACCCCCCAGGUCUAAAAUAUAUUGUGAAGACAUAUGAAAAUAUCGUAAAAGAGAAAAAGCUGUGCAGGUACUAGCCUGGAUUAGUGUGCUCUGGGCCCAGAACAGCUUACUCCUGCUUCAGGAUAAAUGCAGGGUGUGAGCAUGUGCACAAUCACUCCCUGUGUGUUAGCUGACGUUCUGUAAGUUCACGCCACAGCUCAGCUCAUAGUAACUUGUUUGUGUUCAGGUACCUUAAAACCAUCGUCCAAGCCAGUGAAAACAUUGCAGUUCUUCAGAGACAAAAUACCAGCUGUGUAACUUGCUGGCUUGCAGCAAAUCUCACACACCAUCUUGCAGCUGGGCAAGCCCAAGUGCUCCUCUUGCAGGUGUCCUCCCCUGGUAUCUGCAACAACAGCUACAGGCAAGAGCUACCCAUCCAAGAGAUGCCUGGGGGAAAUCUUACAGCUUGUUCACAAAAGAAAAUGAGAUUUAAUUCGAAAUAGCUGAAAUAAAUUCAUUAUCUCAGA